AUGAUGGAAGGCUCAAGCUUGAUGAAGAAGCUCUCGGAUCUCGAGGCUCAACUACAACAUUCACAAGAAAAGUUAAUCAUGCGUGAAAAUGUCAUUUCUCAACUCGAAGAAGAGAUUAAAGGGAAAGAGCGUCUCAUAUUUGAACAAAACCACCUCAUCAGUAUUCUCGAAAACGACACGACCACUAGCUCUCAUUUGCAGGCCAUUGAUUGCGACAACAACAACAAAUAUGAUACGGAAUCGAUGGCCAGUGAGAGUGAAAUUACUGUGAUCGAGCGUGAGAUUGUGGCAUCCAGCAGUUCAACGUCGCCGUGUUCAUCGGAGAAUAGUGUCGGCUGCCGAAUGGCCGAUUGCCGGCAAGCAUAUCGCUCCGAAUGCAUUAGUCACUGUAAUUGCAAAAAUAAAUACGAGCAGGCAUUGGUGGAUCGUGAGAGACUCGAAUUGCAGAAUGAGCAACUCUUGAAGCAAUGGGAAGAAGCUUUGGAGUACGUCUCAAGUGUGCAGCGCCAACUUCAAGAAGAGAUCAGCCGAAACAGCGCGAUCAAAAAAGAAUUGAGUGGCCGCGAGAAGGAUGAUUCUUUGGUGAUCCCUCGAAAUGUUGUCAACCUUAUUUCAUUCAUUAUCCUGGUUUUCGGUUAUUUUUUAUAUCGCCUUUGA